AUGGCGGCAGCUCGCAAUAUUACUGUUGCAAAUCGAAAUCAAACCUGCCCGAUUACAACCUCAUCCUCUCAACUAUCUGCCUUAAUCGGCAAUCCUCGACCCAACACGUUCCAGUUUUCCGGCACCACUUUCCCCCGGAUUCACCGCCGCUGCAGUUCGAUUCCGUCGCUUUCCAGAAGGCUUAUCGUUGUCUCUGCAGUUUCCGAGCUCUGGAAUGCCUUAACCGGCGCCGACCCGGCCCGCGAAUCCCUCCUCUCUAUCCGACGCGGGAUGCUUCUCUUCAGACAGGGGGACGUGCAGGGCUCGCUAGUCGAGUUCGACAGGGCUAUCGAGCUCGAUCAGCGCCAGAGGGCGUACCUUUGGCAGAGAGGGUUAUCACUAUACUAUCUUGAUCGAUUUGAAGAGGGAGCAGAGCAAUUUAGACUAGAUGUUGCACAAAACCCCAAUGAUACCGAGGAAUCAAUUUGGUGUUUUCUCUGUGAAGCUCGAUUAUAUGGCGUUGAUGAGGCAAGAAAACAGUUUCUAGAGGUUGGUACAGAUCCCCGGCCUGUCAUGAGGGAAGCUUAUCGCUUGUUUAGAGAUGGUGGUGACCCAGAAAAGCUCGUUUCAGCAUUUUCAUGUGGACGGCAGAACGAAUAUUUUUAUGCCUCUUUGUAUGCUGGGCUUUAUUAUGAAUCUCAGAAUAAGCAUGAUGAAGCUAAACUUCACCUAAUGGCUGCAUGUAAAUGUCCUUAUGGUUCGAGGUCCGAUGACUACAUGGCUUCGCUAGCGAAGGUUCACUGUGAUUGCCGAAAUUGGAGAUUCGGUUGA